UAGAUUACCUCUCCACCGUUAAAACUCUUAUUAUAUCUUCUUCUAUUUAGUCAUGUACAUAUAUUCCAACCUCUCUCUCACACGCACACAAAACACACAGUGAACACACACACAUGGCUACCGAUGGUAUUAGCCAUGAACUUUCAGAUGCAUAUAUUGAUCAAACCACUGAUGAAGACAAUGAAGAAGAUGAAGAGUACAUUCUUGGCCCGUGUGGUGCACGUGGGAGAGCCACAUUGGACCCUAGAGCUCCAUGGGUCCAUGAAUGGAACCGGGUCUUCCUCCUGGUGUGUGUCAUGGGUCUGUUUGUAGACCCACUCUUCUUCUACACACUCUCAAUAAGCGAGUCAUGCAUGUGUGUGUACGUGGACGGGUGGCUAGCCAUUUCAGUGACGGUGCUCCGGUGCAUGACGGAUGUGUUUCACGUCUUGAACUUGUGGUUGCACCACAAGAUCAACCGGUUCAGCACCGGUCAGACAACUGUAAGGAACGUGGUGGCCCGGCUCAUGAAGUGGUUCUCGUUUGAUAUGUUCGUCAUCCUACCGAUUCCUCAGGUUGUGUUAUGGGUAGUGAUUCCGGCAUUGCUACAAAAAGGUUCAUCCACAUUUGUAAUGACUGUUUUCUUGAUCAUGUUUUUGUUCCAAUUCCUCCCCAAGAUUUAUCACUUUGUCCGCCUCUUACGACGAAUGCAAAGAUUCUCCGGCUACAUCUUUGGUACUGUUUGGUGGGGAAUCGCUCUCAACCUGAUCGCCUAUUUUGUCGCAUCUCAUGUUGUGGGAGCGUGUUGGUACUUGCUAGGAACCCAAAGGGCUGCAAAAUGCUUGAAGGAGAAGUGCAUGGAGACGAAUGGUUGCAAAUUGCGAAUAUUGACAUGCCAAGAGUUCAUGAAUUAUGGAACAAGUAGAUUGGUUCGAGACCACACGAGAUUGUCAUGGUGCGAGAACAGAAGAGUAAGGUCUGUUUGCCUUCAAGACGACGAUAGUUAUAGCUACGGAGCUUACAAAUGGACAGUACAACUCGUUGCCAAUCAAAAUCGGUUGGAGAAGAUACUAUUCCCCAUCUUUUGGGGACUUAUGACACUCAGUACAUUUGGAAACUUGGAAAGCACAACAGAUGGGUUGGAACUAGUUUUCAUCCUCCUCGUUCUUACAACGGGACUCCUUUUGGUCACCAUGUUAAUCGGAAAUAUCAAGGUGUUUUUGCAUGCAACAACAUCAAAGAAACAAGGGAUGCAGUUAAAAAUGAGAAACUUAGAGUGGUGGAUGAGUAGGAAACACCUUCCUCACAUACUUCGACAAAGAGUUCGAAACUACGAGCGCCAAACUUGGGCGGCGACGCGUGGAGUAAACGAGUGUGAGAUGAUCCGCGAUCUACCUGAUGGCCUUCGAAGGGACAUCAAGUACCAUCUUUGUUUGGACUUGGUUCGACAGGUACCCUUGUUUCAACACAUGGACAACUUGGUCCUUGAGAACAUAUGUGAUCGUGUUACGCCCCUCAUGUUUACUAAAAAUGAAACCAUUACUAGAGAGGGAGAUCCGGUACAAAGAAUGUUAUUCAUAGUACGUGGGCAUCUUCAAUGCAACCAAAUUGUACGAGACGGUGUGAAAAGUUGUUGCAUGUUAGGCCCGGGAAACUUCAUCGGAGACGAGCUCUUGCCAUGGUGUCUAAAAAGACCGUUUGUAGAACGGCUACCACCAUCAUCCUCGACGUUAGUCACUAUGGAGGCCAUAGAAGCUUUUGGGCUAGAUGCUGAAGAUGUGAAAUAUGUAACCCAACAUUUUAGGUACACGUUUGUAAAUGAAAAGGUGAAAAUGAGUGCAAGAUAUUAUUCGCCGGGAUGGAGGACUUGGGCAACAGUCGCGAUUCAGUUGGCUUGGAGGAGGUGGAAAUAUAGGCUCGACCUCACUUCGUUGUCGUUCAUUAGGCCAAGGAGACCAAUGUCAAGAUGUUCAUCUCCUGGGGAAGAUAAUCUAAGGCUUUACACGGCUCUAUUAACUUCACCAAAGCCUAAUCAAGACAACUUCGACUUUUAAACAUUAUGAGAUUUUAUAGAUACGCGACAUGGUGACUGCAAAUUACUAUAUUCAAAUAAAAACUUUAUGUUAAUUGGUUUCCCUA